AUGGUUUACUACUUUAAAGCAAAAGUAAGUGAAGAAACAGAAUAUUCUGAUUUCGGAUUAGAUGAUGAAAAAGAAUAUACCAUCUAUAUGGGUAAAGAUAAACAUGAAAAUGAUCCAUUAAUUAAAAAAUCCCAUCCUAAGAAUUUAUGGUUUCACGUAGAUAAACAUUCAUCAGCACAUUUAUACCUUCAGUUAUCGUUAGAAGAACAAAGUAUUAAGUUUGAAGAUUUAAAAUUGGAAGAAUCAUUAUUGACUCAAUUAGGACAGUUAACUAAAGCAAAUUCAAUCAAAGCAAAUAAAUUAAAUAAUAUAACAAUCAUCUAUACUCCAGUUGAUAACUUAUAUACUGACGGUACAAUGGAUACCGGUACUGUUAGUUUCAACAACGGACAAAAAGUUAAAAGAAUUCAUAUUAACAAGAAGGAAAAUUCAAUAGUCAAUAAAUUAAAUAAAACUAAAAAUGAAGUUUCAAUUGAAGAGUUCAUCUCAAAUCAACAAACAUUAAUUACAAAUUGGCAAUCCAAUAAGAAAAUGAUUGAAAGAAAUUUAGAACAACAAAGAAAAGAAGAAGCAAAAUUAAAUGACUUACAAAAACAGAAAAACUCUGAUCCUUAUGCUGACUUAUUCAAUGAAACUAGCGUCAACGCUAAUAGUAAUGAAUUCAGAAAUGAAAAUUGGGUAGAAGAAGAUUUUUGGUAG